GGUAUCAUUUUCAGAAUGUUCUCUUUUGUUUUUACAGCUUGAGAUGGUCAUAGAUGUUGUUAUGGAAGUUACCAAUCAGAAGUUACGUGAUGUUCAAAAGCCCACUUCGACUACUGAAGAUGCAGUUGUUCAAGUUGUAGCAACAGACGUUAAAUUAGUUGAAGGAGUUUUGCAAAUUACAUCAAAUAUCAUUGAUAAAGUUACGAAAACAGCUCUGGAAUGUGCCAUUAAUCCCGAGAUUUUAUCACUAUUAAAUUAUCUAAUUUCGAUCAAUAUUCAAGAAAAGUUACUUUCUUCAUUUUUAAGCCUUUCAGCUCUGUCCACAAAGACACAGAUACCGUCAACCCCGUUUAAAGAUCAAGUUUCAGAGGAUGUAACUCUAGAAGACAAUCUAGAUUUGGAAAUGUCUAUUACAUCUGCAAAUUGCUCUCUUCGGAAAGCUGGGUCCACACUUUCUUUAGGUGCAGAAGUUAAAGUAGUCAGUGAAUCUCUGGGAGUUCUUGUGUCUGCGCCAGCUAAUGCACAGGUGGGAAUCUCACUGAAUGCAACAAAAUUGAAUGUUGGAGUUAACUUAUUACGUGAUUUACAACUAAACAAUAAAUCUACACGCAGCAGUUCUGUUAGCUCUAAUGAACUUGUCCAAUCUUUAGUUAACACAAAUCUGCCAAACCUUGUGAAGAAUAUGCCAUCUCUUCAUUUCUGGGAUUUUAUAGGGCUUCAAUUUAGUCGUAUGCUAGAAGAUACAGAAUUGCAAUUUUUUAUAUAUGAUGGCUAUGCCACUCUGAACAUUCUGGAUAAUAUCUGGUAAUUCUAACUUCAAGAAUCAGAUUCUACUAAAUUGAAAUUCCACUUCUAACCCUCAAGAUGCACGGUGUAGAUACUCUUACAGAUGUUUGACUGAUGACCUGACUGAUGAUUUACGGUUAUUUGUGCCUUUUUGGAGCUAUUCUCAACUAAUCUCAAAGGAUCUUAUGUUUCAUGUAGUAGUGUGAUUCCCUUCCUGUGUAUUUCAAAUAAAAUGAUAAU